UCAUUGCUUGAGAUGGAAAAUCAAACUAUAAUAACAGAGUUCAUACUCCUUGGACUCUUCAGAGAUCCACGGCUACAAGUGAUUUUCUUCUUCUUGUUCCUGAUGAUAUUUUUGGUAACGCUAUUAGGAAACUCGGCAAUCAUACUCAUGACCAGGACUGAGUGUAGCCUUCAGAACCCCAUGUUCUUCUUUCUCAGUCAUUUAGCUUUUGUUGACAUCUGCUAUUCAUCUAUUAUUGUUCCCAAGAUGUUGGAAAACAUCAUAGGAAGACAGAAAACAAUUUCCAAGGAAGGAUGCAUUGCACAGAUUGUCCUCGUUUUCCAGGUUGCUGGUACAGAAGUAUUCAUCCUUGCAGCAAUGGCUUAUGACCGAUACGUUGCUAUAUGUGAACCAUUACAUUAUACCACAAUCAUGAAAAAAGAAAUUUGCAGGUAUCUAGUGAGUGGAGCCUGGGUUAUGGGUUUCUUGUAUUCAUUAGUGAAUGCCCUGCCUUUACUAAAUUUGCAUUUCUGCAAAAGCAAUGUUAUUGACAACUACAUGUGUGAGCUUCCUUCAGUCUUGGCACUGUCUUGCAUUCAGACCCUGACCAAUUACAUUGUUCUUCUUAUAUCUGUGUUGGUCUUUGGUUUCAGUCCAUUCCUCCUCACCCUCAUCUCUUACACUUACAUUAUUUCCACCAUCUUGAAGAUUCGUUCAGCGGAAGGCAGGCGUAAAGCCUUCUCCACUUGCAGCUCCCACCUCAUUGUGGUGGGGUUAUACUACAUUGCAGGUUUUUUACGGUAUAUGAAGCCAAGUUCAGAAUCACUCAUCUAUUUUGACAAAGUGACGUCUAUCCAGUAUAGUAUAUUAACUCCCAUGUUAAACCCUAUCAUUUACAGCUUGAAAAACAAGGAUAUCCAAAAUGCUCUGGCAAAAAAGUUUGGAAAGUGUAAAUUUCUUAAAUAA